AUGUUUUCAAGAACUUUCUUUAAAAGUAACACUAGCCAUGUUUUGAGAUCAUCCAUGUUGCCUGUUAAAGGGGUAAAACUUGGUUUAGGUUUAGCUGCUGGUUGUUUUGGGUACUAUUAUGUUAUGAACUCUAGAUCAGCAAUUCAUGAAUACGUCAUUUGUCCAUUAAUUAGGUUUGUUACUCCUGAUGCAGAAAAUGGCCAUAAGUUAGGUAUAUGGUGUUUGAAGUAUGGAUUAGCUCCAAAGUUAUUCUUUGAUAAGGAUCCAGAAUUACUACAUGUGAAUGUUUUUGGUAAAACUUUAACAAAUCCUGUUGGUUGUGCAGCUGGUCUAGAUAAGGAUGCAGAAGCAAUCGAUGGGAUUUUAUCAGGUGGGUUUGGGUAUAUGGAAGUUGGGACUGUAACACCUCUAUCUCAACCAGGUAACCCAAGACCAAGAUUCUUCAGAUUACCAAAGGAUGAAGCGGUUAUUAACAGAUAUGGUUUUAAUUCUGCUGGUCAUGAAGUUAUGUUCGAUAAUUUAAUGCAAAGAAUAAGUAAGUUUGUUAAUAGUUAUUCUUCCAAGGACAAACAAGCAUCUAAUUUGUCUUUGAACGAAAAUAAAUUAUUGGGCAUUAACUUAGGUAAAAAUAAAACUGGUGACGAAGUACAAGAUUAUUUGAAAGGUGUUGAAAGAUUUCAAUCUUUAGCUGAUGUGUUAGUUAUCAACGUUUCAUCUCCAAAUACCCCAGGUUUACGUGACCUUCAAAAUGAAAAGAAAUUGACAAAUUUAUUGACUCAAAUCGUUAAAAAAAGAGAUUCACUCAUUGACCAAGGUAACGCAUUAGGUGCUAAAGAACAUAAACCACCAAUUCUUGUGAAAAUUGCCCCUGACUUGGCAGAGCCUGCUUUGCAGAGCAUUGUCGAAGCAGCUAAGACAUCAAAAAUAGACGGUAUCAUUGUCUCCAAUACUACCAUUGAAAGACCAGAAACUUUAAAGACAACCGAUAACCAACUAAUCAAUCAACCUGGUGGGUUAUCAGGUAAACCAUUGAAAAUAUAUUCCCUAAAUGCGCUAAGAAACGUCGCAAAGUACACUAAAGACAGUAACUUAGUUCUUGUUGGAUGUGGCGGUAUUUCUUCGGGAAAGGAUGCCAUUGAAUUUGCCAAGGCAGGUGCUACUUUUGUUCAAGUGUAUACGGCUUAUGCCUAUAAAGGACCAGGCUUAAUUGCCAACAUCAAGGAUGAAAUAACAGAAGAGCUACAGAAAGAAGGAAAGACUUGGACUGAAAUUAUUGGCUCAGAUUUGAAAUAG